CACUGAGUGUGUGGUCAUGUGGAGGUGUCAUCAGGUCAGCCUGGGUCUGACCUUUCCUUCAGUUUCAUAAGGACAAGUCAGAAAACACGUUGGCUCACUCUUCUUUAGACCAAACUGGUCUUGGAUCAGCGUCCUGAGCUGGUAGAGAGCCGUCAGUGAAAGCAGCACUCUGGGAUGUCAGUCAGCAGAUGAAAAGUCCUCCUGGACGUCUCCAGCUCUGGUGGACAGCUGGAACUGGCAUGUUUCACCUUUGUAACCGUCCCUGAAGGCAAACAAACAGCCGUGUGCCUCUCAUACAGAAUUCUGGAUUCAGUUUCAGGCAGCAUCUCCCAUGUUUCUGGAGGUCCAGAGGAGUGAGUUGGGCUCCCCCAGGCUGUGACGGUCCGCUCAUCAUGCUGCUGGCCGGCCGUGUUGCUUCAAUGACGGCUCCAACGGUGGGGUGGGGUACCGGGCUGCUGCUGCUGCAGAUGAUCCGCUGCUCCGCCAGCGUCAGGCCCAGAUCAGAGGAGUCGGUGGUGCUGGAUGAACAGUCUGCAGCCUCCUUCCUGUCCCGUCACCUGCUCUACAACAGCUUUGACUUUGAGAUGCUGGUGCAGGGCGACCUGGAGAGGGAGUGCAGAGAGGAGAUCUGCACAUACGAGGAGGCCAGAGAGGUUUUUGAGGACGACACGGUGGGGCUGAAAGACUUUUGGGCCGCCUACACCAAAGAUCCAAGCAGUCUGUCCAGAGUAGACGUGUCGGGGCUGGUGGCCGGCAUCCUGGGGGUGGUUGUGUGCGCCGUCGUUGCCGCAGUUCUGGGAGUCUACUGCUACAAAAACAAGAAAAAGAAUGACAGGAGGAUGCCCAGAGCUCCUGUGAGGAUGGAAGGAGACGGAGGUCCAGUUCCUGAGAUGGUGCCGCUGAGUGGCAUCAUUGCCCCCCCUCUGCCCAGCUACGGUGAUGCCCUGCAGAAUCCCGGACAACAUGAUGCCCCCCCACCACCUUAUUCAGCGGGGGCGUCAUCAGCGUCUCCUCAGCCGGCAGACCCGCCGCCGGAGCCGACAGCGCCGGCCCCCUCCGUCCGAACAGGGGCCCUUCAGAUUUGAGUGAACUUCUCAGUGAUGCGCGUGUUUCCCUGCUCGUGCAUCCGUCUUUGUUGGAGGGACUGUCAGCGAUGUCUGCGCGCGCACACUUGUGUGAAUGAAGUGUGUUGCUUGUUGUGUAUUUUUGGAGCUAAAAUAAAACGUACAGAAUGUCAA